GGGGGCGUCUUGGGGCUGCGGCUCGUGCGGAGGGCAGCCGAGGCUGCUGGCCCCACCUGCGUCAAGCUGGGCCAGUGGGCCAGCACCCGGAGGGACCUCUUCUCUGAGGCCUUCUGCGAUGAGUUUUCCAAGCUGCACGUUGAGGUGAGCCCACACCCAUGGGGCCACACUGAUGAGCUCCUGAGGAAGGCCUUCGGUGAGGACUGGAUGGGCAUCCUCAAGUUCCAAAGCCAGGAGCCUGUCGGCUCGGGCUGUGUUGCCCAGGUAUAUAAAGCCUACGCUGACCUCACAGCUAUUGCUGGCUCACAGGCUGAGGAGCUAACGCAACGCUCAGAGUUACGGUCAGCUUUUGAAGCGUGGGAGGUGUCAGGCUUUGGAGGUCUCCUCAGGUGGCUGAGGAGGAGGAAGACCGAGGAGAUGCAGGAUAAGAGGAGCAGGGAGGAGCUGAGCCCUGCAGACUGCUCCCGGGGAGGUCCUGUGAGGAGGAUGUCCCUUAUGGAGCAGAUGGCCAACCCACUCCUGAAUGCAAAUCCUUCAUCACCCAGACAUCUCACUCCUGUAGCCAUUAAAGUCCUGCACCCUGGGCUAGUCCACCAAGUCCAGAUGGAUCUGUUUCUCAUGAAGAUGGGUAGCCACAUCAUUGGACUUCUCCCUGGAUUCAAGUGGCUCAGUUUGACAGAGAUUGUGGAGGAGUUUGAGAAGCUUAUGAUUCAGCAGAUUGACUUGCGCUAUGAAGCCAGAAAUCUGGAGCGCUUCCGACAAAAUUUCCUGGAUGUCGAUUUUGUGAAGUUUCCAACUCCCCUUUGGCCUUUGGUAACGACAGAUGUUCUAGUGGAAACAUUUGAGGAGAGUGAGCCUAUUUCGCACUACCUGCACGCGGAGGUUGCCACAGAGCUGAGGCAGAGACUUGCAAAGAUGGGCAUGGACAUGCUGCUAAAGAUGGUCUUUGUUGACAACUUUGUCCAUGCUGACCUGCACCCUGGGAACAUCCUGGUUCAAGGCACUGCCCACAUCAGCACCAGCUGCAAGGAGCAGACAGCCAUUGUGGACCUGUGUGACACGCUUGUUGUGGAAGUGCAGCCGCCCCUCAGGCAGCUCUGCCUGGUGCUGCUGGACGCGGGGAUCGUGGCAGAGCUGCAGAGCGCCGACAUGCAGAACUUCCGGGCGGUUUUCACAGCUGUGGUCCAGGGCCAGGGAGAGAGAGUGGCAGAACUGAUCCUUCAUCACGCCCGUGCUAACCAGUGCCAGGAUAUCGAGCGAUUCAAAGCCGAGAUGGCGGAACUAGUGACCAAGGUCCGGGGGAACACCAUUGCCCUAGGAAAGCUUCAGGUGGCAAAUCUCCUCUCCAAUGUCUUUAAACUAUUGAUGACCCAUAAGGUGAAGCUUGAGAGCAAUUUUGCUUCCAUCAUCUUUGCCAUCAUGGUGCUGGAAGGUCUUGGUCGUUCGCUGGACCCUGAACUGGACAUCCUAGAGGCAGCUAAACCACUGCUCAUCAAAACUGCAGCUUCUGUCCUCAAAUAGACUCUUGUGGCUGCUGCCCUCGCGCUGGGCAGGGUUACCUAUGCUGCCUGUGAACUGAGAGAGAAAGAAGCGGAGGUGAGGCAUGUGCAUCUUGGGGGGGUUGCUCUCCAUUAAUGUUGCCUUCAGUUGUUUCAGCCAAGCAGCAGGCAUGGGAUGAUGAGGUCUGUUCCAGAAAUCAGGAAGACUUUGCACAAUUGCAGAUUUCUGACUCAUAUGCAGUUCUAAGAGCUGAUGUGCUCUGGUAGUUUUUAAACUGACAUAUCAUGUAGUUUAGGUCCACAAGAUCACUGCAGCCUGAUGAGAAAAGCAGUCUUGUCUAAAAGCCUUUAAAAAGAUGUUCAUUGAUCAAGUCUGUUUUGAAAUAUGUCAGGUUAAAUAUUUAAAAUUAAUUUACUGACUUAUCUGUCACUGUGGUAUGAGAAAUGAUGUUCUGACACCACCCAAGCACCUAAUUCAGGGUGGAGAAAAAGGCAAUAAACCAUUUUGUCUUUUUUUUUUUACUUUUAACUUCUACUUUUAUUGUAGAAGUGUCUCGAGAUCCUGCAUAGAGUGGUCUGUUCUUAGUCAUUUGGGAUCAUAAAAACAGACCAGUCCAUUUGAUUUUUUUUUUUCAAACUUCCAUACUCUAGCACAAUACUAUAGGAGUUUGGAUUAUAGACAGCAAAAGAAAA